AUGGCCCCCUGUCCCCAGCCUGACUCCUGCCUGGUUGGCAGCCCCCUUGGCCGGAUAUGUUUGUCCCUUUUGCUCAACCCUGCUGCAGCUGGAACAUACUGUGAGUGCAGCCUCGGCCUCAGCCGCGAGGCCCUCAUCGCCCUGCUCGUGGUGCUGGCGGGCAUCGGGGCCAGCUGCUUCUGUGCCCUCGUCAUCGUGGCAGUUGGUGUCAUGAAAGCCAAGAGUGAACCAUGCCCCAGACACAUGAAUAGCAGGCUAGUGGGGCACUACGGGGUCCAGGAAGAUCGCAUGGAUCUACACACCGUGCAAGUGGGGCCUCACGUCAUGGACCCUGACCUGGAGGUCUCUAUGAUGCCACCUCUGGAGGAGCAAGGCCUCAUCACCAUCCCCAUGGACCCCAUGUCCCCAAACGUGACUGUAGUAGAGGAGCCGCCCCCUCUCGCCCCCCCCAACCUGAGCAGGGCUGCAGGCAGCCUGGGGGAGGGGAAUUAA